CAAGAAAUGUAUCUCGUUCUAUUAUUUAUUUACAAGCUUCCCGGAACUUGACAAUUCUCUUUUUGCGACGAAUGUUUGUCAUUUUGUAUUAUAAAGCUGUCUAACAUCGACGAAAAGGAACGGAAGCGAGCCAGCAUGCCGGAGCCUGUGAAUCACCAGGUGAAUGCCGCUCGUAAGACGUUCCAAACUUUGUACCAGAUCUCCAAGCUGCUGAACACGAAUCUCGAUCCUACUACUCUAAGCAUUUGCAUCAGACUGUGCGAGAACGGAGUGAAUCCACAUGCUCUCGCAACUGUGGUGAAGGAACUCCAGCGAGAGGUCAGGGCAAUGAAUGAUGCACAGUUAGAGUCCACUACCAGUAAAACGAGCACGACCAAAUAAAACCAAAUAAGUAUGACACAGUUGUUGCCCUUCCACACGUUCUAUAGAACUUGCGUGUUGUUUAAUAAAUGUUUUUAAAUCUA